AUGAGUGGGUCACAGACAUACACCGACUCGUGUGAAGAUGUUAGGAAAAUAGCAAGCAGUAAUACUAAGCCUAUACUUCAGAAGAGGGGAUCUACUACAAUUUGGCAUGAUGUCAACACAGAGUCUGGUUGGGGUGAUAUCGCACAUGCUAUCCCUUAUAUGUCUAAUUAUUUCCCAUCCACCAAUAUUGGGAUAAGACCAGAUUCGAUUAUGAAAGCAAGAAGGAAGAACCGAAUGUUUCUCGAUGAGUAUUUCAAGAGCAAGGGCACAUCGUUUAGCAUUAAGAAAUCCAUUCCCGAAGGCUCUUCAAAAUAUAUGUCUACUUCUGGUGAAAACUAUUUAGAUGAUGGUCAUUUGGAAAGGUUUAAGGGGAGUGGGUACCAACCACAGGAUGAUUUGCUGUAUACUGGAAGGAAUAUGUUGGAAGAUUUUGGUAUUGUUCAAGGUGGAUAUGGUUUAGAGGAGCUUCAAAAAUCCGAUGUAUUAUUACCUUAUACCAAUUAUACAGAUUAUUUACAUAUUGCGACCCCUAUGACCCCUGAAGUUUGGAAAACCCAUACUUUAUGGAUACCGAAUACCAAAUAUGAAUUUAGAACUGCUUUACAAUAUCGUCAUGAUAGUGAUUAUUCCAACGUUACUACUGAAAAUGGUACUGCCAACUAUCUCAAAGAGAAAAAUGUUUUUCACGAAAAGACUACGCCCCUGUUUUUAUCUUCAGUAGAUUUCUUACCAGAAUGUCAGGGAGAUUAUAAUGCAAGUAUUGUCCUGCCAUCAUUAUUUUCAGAUACAAAAUUCCCUGCGCUUUCCUACCAUUGUUCGGUACAAUUACGUAAUCGAGUGUAUAUUUUAGGAGGUAUUUCUCCAAGUUAUGGUUAUGAUAAUGAGAUGCCCAUUUUAACAGGGAUCAAAGUGGAAGGUGUAGAGAAUUUACCACCUCCUAUAUUACCUGAUGUGAUUAAUAAUCCGGCUAUGAUUGAAAAUACCAAUUUAUAUGUUUUUUGUCCUGUAUCAUGUCGUUUUUUCAAACCAGAAAUUUCAGGUAAUAUCCCACCUGCUUUAUUAUGUAUGCAAGGCACAAAAUUAACAGAUAGAUAUAUCCUUUAUUACGGUGGGUUUGAGAUUGUAACAAGAACCCAUUAUGAUGAGAAUAAUCAGAUUGUUGUGGAGAAACAUUGUGUGGUGAAUUCCGUAGGGUAUCUUUUAGAUGCAAUGACUUUUAAUUUUUCCAUUAUUCAAAUGAAAUGUGAAGAUGAAACAAAAUUGAUGAAAGGUAGAUUCGGGCAUUUACAAGUUUCCAUCCCACAAGAGAUUCUAGGAUAUUGUCAAGAUAGUAGAACUUCAGACAUCAAUUUCGGACCUAGUUUCAAGAUCUCAGGAAAGGUAUGCCCGUUGUUUACAAAAGAUGAUUUUAAUCCUGAAAACACAGAUAUAAAUAUUUCACGAUCAGAAUCUAUCAGUAGUAUUGACACUCAAUUUAAAGGGUUGAUGAAUUUCUCGGAUCGUGAAAUUUUAAAACGUCAAUACGUGUCAGGAAUAUAUACUACGAUUGUCUUUGGAGGUUAUCAAUGCGAUCCAAAUGGUGAAUUUAUUGCUACUAAUGAUAUGUGGAAAGUAGAUAUCCCAGUAGUGGCCAAGGGUAAGAAAGGUUAUUAUAAAUUUUCAGCAGAGGCAAGAGUCACACGGAUAGGAAAUGAAAGUUUACAAGGAGACAUGGAAAUAUGGCCAAAUGUUAGAGGUUUUGCAGGGUUUUGUGUUCCCAAACUUCCACUUUGGAAGGAUUCAGACGCUGAACUUGAAAUAUUAAAGAAUUUAAAGGAUAAUUUCUCUGUUUUGAGAAAAUAUGCCAAUUCUAACGUACCUAACGAAACUUCAAAGCCUCUCUUCCCCAUAGGCUCUCCCAAAUCAACAAAGAGCAAUGGGCCGUCAGGUCCUGUUCUUCAAUUGCAUAUUAAUGAAACUAGUGAAGGUCAUACGUUAGUUAUGCAUGGAGGUUCUAAUGCAACUCAUAUAUAUAGUGACAUGUGGUGGUUUGAUUUUGAAACUGAGUCUUGGGUUCAGAUUGAAACUCAAGCACAAACUGAAGAUAAAGGGUUGGUCCCUAUUGAGAUGGCAUUAGCAGGGCAUUCUAUGGCUACUGUAGGUAGCGCCAGUAUCUUUGUAGGUGGGAUGAUGCAAUCUGAUGUGGAUAAAUUAUACCUGAGAAAACAUAGUAUGCCACUGCCACCUAACGCCCCCGGUUGCACAAUGUUAAAUAUGUUUGAUCUUUCUACUCAGUGCUUAAAAGGUUACACUGUAAACUACGACGAAGAAAACCCUUCAAAUACAUCGUUAAACAUGAAGAGCACAACAGAUACUACCAGACUGUGCAUCUUUGGAGCUGGUAUCUCCCAAUAUGGCGGUUCAAUAUAUCUGACAGGUGGUAUAGUAACCAAGAGGCAGAAGAUACAUGACCUACGUCUUGCAGGAACUGUCGUGGAAUUUAUUCUACCGAUAAUAGCCUUGGACGGUUGUUACUAA